AUGACCACCAGGCCUUCAUACCGCAUCGCCUCGAUCCCCGGAGAUGGAAUUGGCCCUGAGGUAGUCAAUGCCACAAUCAAAGUGGUAGAGAGACUGGCAAAGACCCUCAACACGUUCGAUAUCAGCUUUGACCACAUCCCAUGGGGCACAGCACACUACAAACAAACCGGGAGCUAUGUGACCGGCAACGCACUUGACACCCUGCGCAACUAUGAUGCAUCACUAUUCGGUGCUGUAGGCGCCCCUGACGUGCCCGACCAUAUCUCCUUAUGGGGCCUGCUCCUGGCAAUCCGAGGCCCCCUCCAACUCUACGCAAACGUACGCCCUGUACGAACAUUCCCAGGAACAAAAUGCCCCCUCACCACAGCCACAGACGGCAUUGACUGGAUGCUCGUGCGCGAGAACUCAGAAGGCGAGUACGCCGGCCAGGGAGGACGAUCUCAUGUCGGCCAGCAAUGGGAAGCAGCAACCGAAGUGGCGCUGUUCACGCGUGUCGGUAUUGAGCGUAUUAUGCGAUUCGCAUUUGAAAUGGCGCAGUCUCGGCCGCGCAAGCUGCUGACGGUUGUGACGAAGAGCAACUCCAUGCGUAACGGCAUGGUUCUUUGGGAUGAAGUUGCUGCUUCUGUUGCGAAGGAUUUUCCGGAUGUGACUUGGGACAAGAUGCUUGUUGAUGCGAUGACUGUGCGAAUGGUUGCAAAGCCACAGUCUAUUGAUACUAUCGUUGGUACCAAUCUGCAUAUGGAUAUUUUGUCGGAUUUGGCUGCUGCGUUGGCUGGUUCGAUUGGUGUUGCGCCUUCUAGUAAUCUUGACCCUACACGCAAAAAUCCUUCAUUGUUUGAACCCGUUCAUGGCAGUGCAUUUGAUAUCACUGGCAAAGGGGUUGCUAAUCCUGUCGCUACUUUCUGGUCUGCGGCGGAGAUGCUCAUCUGGCUGGGUGAGAAGGAUGCUGCGGCUAAGCUGAUGGGCUGUGUCGAACGUGUUUGUGCUGCUGGCAUUCUGACACCAGACCUUGGAGGCUCUUCUAACACUCAGGGGGUGGUGGACGCUGUGUGUUUGGAGGUUGAGAAGUUGGCUUGA